AUGAAUAAUAGCUUUUCAGCGGAAGGGCAAACUUAUUAAGUUAGGACGGUAACAACAUCAUAGAAUGUUUAAAGAACUAGUAAUGGGGAAUUCCAAGAUGCUGUUUAAAGAUAUGAGUUACGAAGAUCAUCGAGACCCAGAUAAACUUAAAAUAAUCAAUAAACGACAGUAAUUACUUCUAAAUACGUUUAAUUGGAUAAUGAGGGGAAGAAUAAUAACUAUGACUUGGAAGCUUCAAGAUAAUCUUAGAGGGUGUUGGAAAAGUAUCAGGUGAAUAGCUAGAAUAGUCAUUACGAAGUGAAUAGAUAGAGUGUUAAGGAAGUUAUGGACAAAUACAGGAGAGGAAGAGGUAAAUCUGAGUGAGUCUAUGUAGGAACAACGACAUCCUAAUUAUAAACGACAGAGGUGAAGUACUCUGCUGUUCCCCAACCUUAGUAUGAGCAGUUGCAGUAGAAAGAAACAAUUUUUGAAGGCAGAAAUAGCAGGUAUGUGGAGGAGUAGGAGUAUUCACAAGAAAAACAAGUGACACUAAAUUAUAAUACUAUUUAAAGUAUUUUAUUUUAAAUAUUGAAGCAAAAUAAUAGGUGUAUGAGAUAGAUUAUGAGUAAAUAAAGGAAGAUUGUCAAAUCAGCGACAUUUACAGGAGACCUGAGAGAGAAGACGAUGAAUAAGUGGAUUUAUUGGACAGUGAUUAUGUUUCUUGCAAUAUGUUUUGA